AUGGCCCUUUGUCCACCUUCACGGAUGCAUGCCCUGCAAGCAGAACAGUGCCUGGCACAGAGUAGGUCCUCAGAUGUAGAAAUGGAAGGCUUGCCCACGAUUGCCGAGUCCUCUUGGAUGGCACAACUCACCCCGGGAUUGCCAGGUGUGCUUGUAGCCGUGGGUGGGACUCGGAGGCAUGGGUCCUCAUCUCCAGCCUCUCCACCAGCAGUCGGUCAGCUGAUGGCCGUUGGCUCCAGUUCAACGCCAACAGGAAUCUCCAAUUUGGGGUGUGAGAUGUCCAUCGUAAUGACUCAGGCGCAUUAUCUGGCCUUUGGCAAAUCUUUAGAAGAUACCAUCAUGGAUCCUCUCGUGACCGAUGGUAGGAGUAUCCUGAGAGGACCAGGGAGCCCCACCUCUGGCAUCAGCAGUCCUGAGGAGACUCUGGGGACAGGCUCCUGCAACCCUCCCCGUGGUCUCAGCCACAUUCUAAGCACUGCUGUCUGUUGUGCACCGCCGUGGGGCCACUUGAACUGCGAUGUUGUGGUGCUGUUGCACGCUAAGCCGGACCCCAUGCAGUGUGGGAUGUGCUGGAUACAGGAUCCAAGCUAUUGGAUACAGGUGCACCGACUGGAACACGGAGAUGGAGGAAUACUGGACCUAGAUGACAUCCUCUGUGAUGUAGCAGAUGACAAAGACAGACUGGUAGCAGUGUUUGAUGAGCAGGAUCCACAUCACGGAGGUGAUGGCACCAGUGCCAGCUCCACAGGCACCCAGAGUCCAGAGAUAUUUGGCAGUGAACUUGGAACCAACAAUGUUUCUGCGUUUCAGCCUUACCAAGCAACAAGUGAAAUUGAGGUCACACCUUCAGUCCUUCGUGCAAAUAUGCCUCUUCAUGUCCGACGGAGCAGUGACCCAGCUUUAAUUGGCCUCUCAACUUCUGUCAGUGAUAGUAAUUUUUCCUCUGAAGAGCCUUCACGAAAAAAUCCCACACGCUGGUCGACAACAGCUGGCUUUCUCAAACAGAACACUGCUGGUAGCCCUAAAACCUGUGACAGGAAGAAAGAUGAAAACUACAGAAGCCUCCCUCGGGAUACCAGUAACUGGUCUAACCAGUUUCAGAGAGACAAUGCUCGCUCGUCUCUGAGUGCCAGUCACCCAAUGGUGGACAAGUGGCUGGAGAAGCAGGAACAGGAUGAGGAUGGGACAGAAGAAGACAACAGUCGUGUAGAACCUGUUGGACAUGCCGACACUGGUUUGGAGAACAUGCCCAACUUCUCUCUGGAUGAUAUGGUAAAGCUCGUACACGUCCCCAACGAUGGAGGGCCUCUGGGAAUCCAUGUAGUGCCUUUCAGUGCUCGAGGCGGCAGAACCCUGGGGUUAUUAGUAAAACGAUUGGAGAAAGGUGGUAAAGCUGAACAAGAAAACCUUUUUCAUGAGAAUGAUUGCAUUGUCAGGAUUAAUGAUGGCGACCUUCGAAACCGAAGAUUUGAACAAGCACAACAUAUGUUUCGCCAAGCCAUGCGUACGCCCAUCAUUUGGUUCCAUGUGGUUCCUGCAGCAAAUAAGGAGCAAUAUGAACAACUCUCCCAAAGUGAGAAGAACAAUUACUAUUCGAGCCGCUUCAGCCCUGACAGUCAGUAUGCUGAUCCCAGGGGUGUGAACAGUGCAGGGCUUCAGGCCCUUCAGAGAAUGCCCAGAGUGGCCCACCCGGCCGAGCAGGUCGACCCUCACCCACGACUACCUCAGAGCACACAGCCCUCCGGAAAACCGCCUUCAGCUCCGGCCCCAGCACCACCCAGUGUAUUUAGUACAAAUGUAAGCGGUGGUUAUAACACCAAAAAAAUAGGCAAGAGACUUAAUAUCCAGCUUAAGAAAGGUACAGAAGGUUUGGGAUUCAGCAUCACUUCCCGAGAUGUAACAAUAGGUGGCUCAGCUCCAAUUUAUGUGAAAAACAUCCUCCCCAGAGGGGCUGCCAUCCAAGAUGGCCGACUUAAGGCAGGAGAUCGACUUAUAGAGGUAAAUGGAGUAGAUUUAGCUGGCAAAUCCCAAGAGGAAGUGGUUUCCCUGUUGAGAAGCACCAAGAUGGAAGGGACUGUGAGCCUUCUGGUCUUUCGCCAAGAAAAUGCCUUCCACCCAAGGGAACUGAAAGCAGAAGAUGAGGACGUGGUUCUCACACCUGAUGGCACCAGAGAAUUCCUGACGUUUGAAGUUCCGCUUAACGAUUCAGGAUCAGCCGGUCUUGGUGUCAGUGUCAAAGGUAACCGGUCAAAAGAGAACCAUGCGGAUCUGGGAAUCUUUGUCAAGUCCAUUAUCAAUGGAGGAGCAGCAUCUAAAGCGAAGUCACCUGGGAGCCCCUCUGGACCUGAGCUGCCCAUUGAAACAGUGUUGGAUGACAGAGAACGAAGAAUUUCCCACUCUCUCUACAGUGGGAUUGAGGGGCUCGAUGAAUCACCCACAAGAAAUGCUGCACUCAGUAGGAUAAUGGGUAAAUACCAGCUGUCCCCCACAGUGAACAUGCCCCAAGAUGACACUGUCAUUAUUGAAGAUGACAGGUUACCAGUGCUUCCACCGCAUCUCUCUGACCAAUCAUCUUCCAGCUCGCAUGAUGAUGUGGGAUUCGUGAUGACGGACGCUGGUCCCUGGGCUAAGGCCGCAGUCAGCGAUUCGGCAGAUUGCUCUUUGAGUCCUGAUGUUGAUCCAGCUCUUGCUUUUCAACGAGAAGGAUUUGGACGCCAGAGUAUGUCAGAAAAACGCACAAAGCAAUUUUCAGAUGCCAGUCAAUUGGAUUUCGUUAAAACACGAAAAUCAAAAAGCAUGGAUUUAGGUAUAGCUGACGAGACUAAACUCAGUACAGUGGAUGACCAGAAUGCAGGCUCCCCCAGCAGAGAUGUGGGACCUUCCCUGGGUCUGAAGAAGUCAAGUUCAUUAGAGAGCCUGCAGACAGCAGUCGCUGAGGUGACUUUGAAUGGGGACAUCCCUUUCCAUCGCCCACGGCCACGGAUAAUCAGAGGAAGAGGAUGCAAUGAGAGCUUCAGAGCUGCCAUUGACAAGUCUUAUGAUAAACCCACGGUAGAUGAUGAUGAUGAAGGCAUGGAAACAUCUGCACUGUCCACAGUUAAGCUCAUCCAGAAGGAUAAAACUGGAAAAGAUAAGAAAAAAGAUAGAGAUAAGGAAAAGGAUAAAAUGAAAGCCAAGAAGGGAAUGUUGAAGGGCCUGGGAGACAUGUUCAGGUUUGGCAAACAUCGAAAAGAUGACAAGAUUGAGAAAACGGGUAAAAUAAAAAUACAGGACUCCCUUACAUCAGAAGAGGAGAGAAUACGAAUGAAGCAGGAGCAGGAGAGGAUUCAAGCCAAAACUCGAGAAUUCAGAGAGCGACAAGCUCGAGAACGUGACUAUGCUGAAAUCCAAGACUUUCAUCGGACGCUUGGCUGUGAUGAUGAGUUGAUGUACGGGGGAAUUUCUUCCUAUGAGGGUUCCAUGGCUCUCAACGCCAGACCCCAGAGCCCAAGAGAAGGACAUAUGAUGGAUGCUUUGUAUGCCCAAGUAAAGAAGCCGCGGAAUUCCAAAUCUUCACCUGUAGACAGCAACAGAUCAACUCCUAGCAACCAUGAUCGGAUACAGCGUCUACGGCAAGAAUUCCAGCAAGCAAAGCAGGACGAAGAUGUAGAAGACAGGAGACGUACCUAUAGCUUUGAACAACCCUGGCCCAACUCCCGACCGUCGGCGCAGAGUGGCAGGCACUCGGUGUCUGUGGAGGUGCAGAUGCAGCGGCAGCGGCAGGAGGAACGUGAGAGCUUCCAGCAGGCCCAGCGCCAGUACAGCUCUCUGCCCCGGCAAAGUAGGAAAAACGCCAGCUCUGUGUCCCAGGAUUCUUGGGAGCAGAACUACUCCCCUGGGGAAGGCUUCCAGAGUGCCAAGGAGAACCCCAGGUACUCCAGCUACCAAGGCUCGAGGAACGGCUACCUGGGUGGGCAUGGCUUUAAUGCCAGGGUGAUGCUCGAGACCCAGGAGCUCCUCCGCCAGGAACAGAGGCGGAAAGAGCAACAGAUGAAGAAGCAGCUCCCUCCCCCCGAGGGGCUCAGCAACUAUGACUCAUAUAAGAAAGUCCAGGACCCCAGUUACACGCCUCCCAAGGGGCCCUUCCGACAGGACGUGCCCCCUUCCCCUUCUCAGGUUGCUAGGCUGAACAGACUCCAGACCCCUGAGAAAGGGAGGCCCUUCUACUCCUGAGCAAGAGAAGAGCGAAUGCUUCGUGUCAUGCAAUAAAGGACAUUUUCCUAUGAAGACUUGUAUUUUGGGAGUUUUUUGAAAAACCUCAAGGGUACCAUGGAAAAUUUCUGUUGUUGGUAUCAGUGCCUUUAAGCGGUAUGGGCAAAGAAAUGGAAGGCCUUAAUGUCUUUGCCAAUAUAUGUCUCAAGUAUUUCAUGGAAGGAUUUCACACCAUCUGACAAUCACCUGCUCGAAGCAUUCAUAGGCUUGGCAUCUUUCUGGAGGACCAGGAAUUCUUGGCCCAACUCAGGAGAUGUUCAUGGCUUUGUGUUACAGCCCCAUACAACCAGAGGUGACAGGUUACCUUGAAGCUAAGAUCCUGUUGAUUCCUCUUUUUUUCCCUUUAAGUUUUAUGAGAAGAUGUGAGGCGACAUCUCAGUCUCUGGUGGAUGAAAGGGGGUGACAUACACCAGAAGCUGGGGCUUUCUGGUACUUCACAGCCCAGUCAUUUAUGGUUCCUUUAUAAUCGGUAUGGUUUUCCCUUUUCUUUCUCAGCUCCUUGUAACAGGAAAUUUCCUUCAUGCUAUUAAGAAGCUAAGCCAUAUUCCAACGCUGUCUGGUUGUCAUGGGGGUCCUUUUGUAACUGCCUUAUAACUCAACAUUACCAAUAAAGUGAUCAUUCUAAUCUGAGUUUAUGAAUAUACUUGUUCAGUCAUGCUCCUAACAUGUGUGGAGUCACCACAGCUCUGCGUAGGGAACGUGGGAGACGGGAGGCACCCCUGGUGGGGAAGGACUGGGCCUGCCCAUCAGCCGUGUGUAUAUCAUGAUGUGGGAGGUGGUUCUAAGAAAAGAAGUCUCCCAGGAUAAGCUUCUGGCUCAGUACAUCCCCAUAAUUAUUUUAAUUAGUUUUUGAUUGACAGUUUGGCAGGAAGGGCAUAGAGUGGGACAAAGAUAAGUCAGACAGUCGUUCAGGGAUUCUAAAAACUCAUCUGCUUUUUACCGUUUUGAAAAUCGGUUGGGAUUGACGUGUAUCUAGUGCAUCUACGUGCUGUAUCUCUGCCUGGCGAUACCAUCCAUGCUACUAAAUAAUUCUACCAUGAAACAGAAGAGACAAAUAAGGGGAAAACCGUUACACAUCACAAAGAGAAUAUUGUGGUGUCCCCAAACAGUGGUAACAUGUCACUAUUUUCAUGUGCAUGUGGGUCACGGGGACCUCAAUUGCUCCCAUGUUUUCAUCUGUUGGUCUCAAUAUCAUGUGCUGUAAACCAUGGCUGGGUUGCUAAAGUGCCUGCAAAUCCCUGUGUGAAAAAAGCUUGAGACGAAAGCUCAGCAUACCAUGUAUUAACAAAAACAGAAAAGAAAAAAAAAGACAUGUACUGAUAUGCCUAUUUUUUUUUACUGGCACAUUGUAUUUUUGUGUCCACUUGUUUUUAGAAAUAUGUGAAGUGUCCAUACACGUACCUAUGUCCCUUUUGCAUUUCUGUGUAAUGGUUCUAUUUGUUUAUAACGUGCGGCGAUAUUUCAAUGGCAUUACCAAUGUAAGCGUGGUGACCUUGAAUGACAGUGGCUCUUUCUCACAGCCUUCCCUGAGCUGUGAGAAACAGCUUUUUCUGUACAUAUGAGACUUCUAAUAAAAGGCAUAUUUCUUCC